AUGUGGUUGCAGAAAAAUUAUGAGGAUGUUCAUCUCCAAUUCGCAUGCCAUGCUGCUACAACAUGGAAAAUUGAUAAAGAGAAAGAGCCAUUAAGCAUUAAUAUUGCAACAUUUUAGAGGUAAUUAAGAAAGCUUAAAUUCUCACAGUUGAUUGAAGCAACCAAUGGCUUCUCAGCAGCAAGCCUCAUUGGUUGUGGUGGUUUUGGUGAAGUGUUUAAGGCCACACUCAAAGACGGGACAUGUGUCGCGAUAAAGAAGCUCAUUCGACUGAGUUGCCAAGGUGAUAGAGAAUUCAUGGCUGAGAUGGAAACCUUAGAAAAAAUCAAGCAUAAAAACCUUGUCCCUUUAUUGGGAUACUGCAAAGUAGGAGAAGAGAGGCUACUUGUUUAUGAAUACAUGAAAUAUGAAAGCCUAGAAGAGAUGCUCCACAGAAGAAUAAAGACAUGUAAACGACGAAUUUUAACAUGGGAAGAAAGGAAGAAGAUUGCAAGAGGUUUUGCUAAAGGACUUUGUUUUCUGCAUCAUAAUUGCAUCCCUCACAUCAUACACAAAGACAUGAAGUCAAGCAAUGUAUUACUUGACAAUGAAAUGGAGUCAAGAGUCUUGGAUUUCAGAAUGGCAAGACUAAUAAGUGCACUUGAUACACAUCUCAGUGUAAGCACACUAGUAGGAACACCUGGAUAUGUUCCACCAGAGUAUUACCAAAGUUUCAGGUGCACUGCAAAGGGUGAUGUUUAUUCAUUUGGUGUUGUAAUGUUGGAACUUCUUAAUGGGAAAAGGCCUGGUGAUAAGGAGGAUUUUGGUGACACAAACUUGGUUGGAUGGGCUAAGAUUAAGGUGCGCGAAGGGAAACAAAUGGAAGUAAUUAACGCUGAUUUGCUUUUGGAGAUUCAAGGAGGAACAAAUGAAGCAGAACUGAAAGAAGUAAUUGGCACUUAUAGGCAACUCAUUUGA